UGAUAGGUAAAAGUUUAAAACUUUAUUUCAAAUUUGCUAACGUUUAAGAGACGAAACCAUUUAGCAAACUGAAAAGAUUGUAACUUGGUACUCCCUUACCUACACGUCACGAUCCCUCUUUUUUUUUUUUUGUGCACCCGUCACGAUCCCUCUCUGUAUCUAAAACACAUUGAUCCAUGACGAUCGCACUAUACGUCUAAUGGUGACAGAACUAGAUUCAACAUAUUCAGCAUGAAGACUAGAAACAAUAAUUCACCUUGGAGAACUGAUUUUUUACCAAAAAAAGACUAGAAACAAGCCAUUGUCAUAUUUUAAAAAAAAAAUGGGCAAGGGAGAUGAGCUGAACGGCAAAGACACACGAGCUUCGUGUCUUUGCUCCUUCUCUUCCUUUGCUUAGCCUCAUCAGCUUAAGUCAACUAAAAUUUUGAUUUUUCUGUUUUCAUUAGAAUACAUGUUAUUUUUAUAUGUGCAUUAAUAUUUACUUCUUUAAAAUGCAGCUUAUCCUCAAGCAGGAGAAAAACUAAAUGCGGCCGCAAGGACCAACCCAAACCCUCAUGUAACUCUGCUGGUAGCAUUGGACUGUGCGCGCCAGAGUUUCCAUUGCACAUGUCCAAUCGAAUAGUGAAAGACAAUUCCACUUGAUCAGGACGCAGUCCCUGUUUAUCCAGCGAUGCCAAAUCGAAAAAAAUUCUUCAUUCUUGUUUAAGAAACUUAUACUCAGUAUUUGUUACAACAGAUUUGUAGACUUGUAGUUAACCAGAAGCUGUAUAUUGUCUUUGUCGGGCCUUGUUCAAAGCUUGUUACAUGUGUCCAAUGAAGCAUGUUCAGAAUUCCUUUCCACAUAUAUUGUAGUUAACCAGAAGCUGUAUCUAGUCUUUGUCGGGCCUCCGUUCGAUAACAUCCAACUCAUGCCUAUCGCAAUUUCGAACAAAUGUUUCAUGUCAUACAAUUUGGUCAAACUUUAGUUCAUUCUCUUAUUUCAUAUUUUGGGAAGCCACUUUAAUAAAAUCAGUGAUCAUAUAAUAAAUUUUAAGAGAAAACUAAAAAAAAUCAGGCGAAUCAUAGAUAAAUUCCUACUAUAUAUGAACAAAGUAGACUUUUAUCUUGUUAGGUUUACACCUCAUCAAUAUGUUUUCUAUAAAUUUGACACUUUUUAAAAAAUGGAUAAAUUAUCUGAUAAAUUCUUUUAGGCUACAUCUGUUAAAAAAUAUUUAGUCAUCCAAAUAUUCUUUUAGGCUACAUCUGUUAAAAAAUAUUUAGUCAUCCAACUUUUCUAAUUAGUAUUUCCUUUUCAAUUCAACCAAAAUUUUGACAUUAGUUUUUGUCAACAUGUGAUAAUGUAGUAAAAAUAUAUAAUAAUAUGUAAAUAUGCAUAAUUUUAAAAGAAAUAAGUUAUAUUAAAAAUUAUAAUUUUCAUUAAACCAUUUUUGUAAACAAAAUAUAGUUUUGCAUUUUUGAAGCGCAGACUAAAAUCUACUUGUAUUUUAUAACUUUAUCUGACGUACCAAUAAAAUCAGUUAUAUUUGACUUAUGAAUUAUUUAAGCUAAAAAAACUAUAUAUGCUUUACAAAAUUAAAUAAAACAAUUACCAUCGACCAUCGAACAUGUCACUUGAUAUAUUUUUCAUUUAGUAAGAUAUUCUGACUUUUUGUAAUUGAAAUUUAUGCAAAGAAUACUUUGAGUGUUUGACCAAGUUCAUAUGAAACCAAACCAUAACCAAAUAAAAUAACCACAUAUGGAUAAUCUAUUGGAAAUAUACAAAUAAAAUGACCACAAUUACAUUUUGUUAGUUAUUUAAUUCCCGUCUGGAUUUUUAAAUCAACUCAAGUUUGAGAACUAUAAUUGUUUUUUGAUGUAAAAAAAAAAAUAAUCUUCGUAUGUUCGUAUAUGAUACAAGUCAAUAUUAGAGUGCUAUAAUAUAAUAAUACGAGGAUGUUAUUCUAAAAACUGUAAGCCGAAAUGGAUGACAGGUUCAUGUAACAUACAAUUUGGUCAAACAUUAGCUCAUUCUCUUAUUUUAUAUUUUGGGCAGCCAUUUCAACAACACUUGGAAUGAGCAGAUGUAAAAAUUAUGAUCAAAUAAAAAAAUUUAAAAGACAAAUAAAAAAUUUCGCGUGAAUUGUAGAUAAAUUUCUAGUUAGGUUCUAUAUAACUAAAUUGUAGCUAAAUGGUAGAUAAAAUAAUAAAUCUAUAUAUGACAUAGACUUUUUCUCUUGUUAAGUUUUCUAUAAAUUUGACACUUCAUUAUAGCUUUUCAAAAAUUAAUAAAUUAUCCCAAAAUGUUCAUCUUCUUGUUAUUUUAGGCCAAAUCUAUUAAAAAUAUUUAGCCGUUCAUCUUUUCUAAUUAGUAUUAUUCAAUUCAACCAAAAUUUUGAUAUCAGUUUUUGUCAGCAUGUGAUAAUUUAGUUAAAAUACAUAUUUCAAUGUGAAAAUAAUUAAUUUUUAAAAUAAAUAAGUUAUAUUAAAAAUUAUAAUUUUCAUUAACCCAUUUUUGUAAAGAAAAAAUGGUUUUGCAUUUUCAAAAUGCGGACUAAAAUCUAAUAUCAUUGACAUACCGAUAAAAUCAAUUAUAGUUUGACUUAUGAAUUAUUUAAGCUAAAAUGUUAUAUACGAUUUACAAAAUUAAAAACUAAUAAAACAACUAACACCGAUCAUGGGACAUGUCACUUGAUGUAUUUUUCAUUUAAUAAGAUAUUCUGACUUUUAUAAUUAAAUUUAUGCAAAGACAAACCCCAAAAAAGUUUAUGCAAAGCACACUUUGAGUGUUUGUCAAGUUCAUAUGAAACUACAACUAAAUAAUAACAAAAAAUAGAAAACAAAAAACCGCGCUAGUAGUCGUAUUAAAAUUCCAAUUAUAUCACAUAAUUUUUAAUAUAUUUGUUUUAUUGGACCGUGCAUUUCUUAUCGUCCAAGCAACCGUCUCGUAUGGUAGUAUAUCACAUCGAGCACACACAGUAAUAACUCUAUAUGACACUAGUAUUAAAAAAUAUAUCAUUCAAUGACAAAAAUUUAUUAUGUUCAAAUCCCACAUGUUGACGAAUCGACAGUCGUGGGGAUCACUCGUUAGCAUCUGAUUGAAAAAUUAUUUUGAAGCUCCAUUGUUGAUUCUUUUUUCGCUACUGGAUAAAAAAUAUAUACAGUUAUAACUCAAUUUGUAUUUAUUUUUGAUAAAAUAAUUCGAUUAAUGACCCAAACAAUAAUAAACUUUGGUGAUUAAAGUAAAGUGGCGGUAGUUUUGUAAACAGAAGAAGAAAUAAGGGAAAGCUUCGUCAAUGGCGGAUUCUGAUCCAGCCAGCUUCUUGACGCAGGCCAAUGCCAUACUUAGAAAAAACUUAACCUAUCAGAAACGGAACAUAUGGAGCAACGUUCGGCUCAUCAUGAUCCCUUUCUAUCUCUGCUUGGUUUUAGUUGGUAUUCAAGCUCUGUUUGAUUCACAAGUCAGCAACUCACUCGAUAAUCAAUGUGGUUGUAAAUGCAUUCACAGAACCGGAGACGAAACAUGCCAAAUGGUCUGUGGUGUAGAAUACUCUACUCGUGAUCAAGCGGUCUUUUGUGCCAUCCCAAAUCCACAACCAUGGCCACCUUUGAUUCUUAUUCCGCUUCCUCGGAAUCGUGUUGUUGACGCCAAUCUCACUAAUGUCUCGUGCAAGCAAAGAAACAAUUGCCCUGUAACCAUACUUUUCACUGGCAAUAAUCAAUCUCUUGGUGCAACUUUGUCUAGAAAUCUUUUCAGGAGGUCUUUUCCAAUGAACUACUCUGACCUCUUGUUUAGUUUAGCGGAUAAUGUGUUGGCUACAACAUAUAAAGGAAGUCCCACCAAUUAUCUUGAUGCAGGAAUUGUCUCAGAUCGUUUCAUAUACAACAUCCAAUCUCGGUGCACUCCAAACUCCAAAGUUUCAUUCUCACUAGGACAAUCACCUCUCAGUUUUACCAAAGAGAUGAGAUGCGUCCAAGGGCUGAACCUUUGGAUAAAUAGCUCCAGAGAGAUUAAUGAUGAUAUUUUCAAAGGUUAUAUGAAAGGAAAUUCUGAAGGGAUGAUAAAUGAGAUUGUUGCAGCAUAUGAUCUCUUGGACACAAAUAGGACUAACUUCAAUGUGAAUAUUUGGUAUAACGCAACGUACCAGGAUGAUUCAGGAAAUAUGCCUCCAAAGUUGCUCCGAGUUCCCCGCUUAGUUAGUUUGAUGUCAAAUGCUUAUCUUCAGUAUUUGAAAAGCCCAAGGACAAAGAUGUUGCUUGAGUUUGUCAAAGAAAUGCCUAAACCAGAAACUAAACUUCGUUUAGACAUUGCUUCUCUGAUUGGUGCAGUUUUCUUCACAUGGGUUAUUCUUCUUCUGUUCCCUGUGAUCUUGACCUCACUGGUGUAUGAGAAGCAGCAGCGGCUAAGAAUUAUAAUGAAAAUGCACGGUCUAGGAGAUGGUCCGUAUUGGAUGAUUACCUACGCCUAUUUUCUCGCCAUUUCCACGUUAUACGUAAUAUGCCUGAUGAUAUUUGGGUCAGCAAUAGGGCUGAACUUCUUUAGGCUAAAUGACUACAGCAUCCAUUUUGUUUUCUAUUUUCUCUACAUAAAUCUUCAAAUCUCCCUUGCCUUUCUAGCUUCCUCAGCAUUUUCAAACGUUGAGACAGCAUCAGUUGUUGCAUACAUAUACGUGUUUGGAUCUGGAUUAUUGGGCUGGUUUCUCUUCCAGUUUCUGAUUGAAGAGUUAUCGUUUCCCAGACGCUGGAUUUUUGUCAUGGAGCUGUAUCCUGGCUUCUCUUUAUUCCGCGGGUUGUAUGAGUUCUCUCAGUAUGCUUUUCAGGGGAGCUUGACUAGGAGGCAAGGAAUGAAGUGGAAAGAUAUCAGUGAUAGUUCAAUGGAUAAAGUUUUCUACAUCACUAUAGUUGAAUGGUUUUUCUCACUCAUUGCAGCAUACUAUAUCGAUAAGAUGUCUUCAUCAGGAAAAGACCUUUUGUUCUUCUUGAAAAACCCUUUCAAUAAAUAUCUUCUUCCACAAAGGCCUAGCUUGCAAAAGCAGGUCUCUGCAGCUUCCGUAGAAAUGGAGAAACUAGAUGUCACUCAGGAGAGUGAAAAAGUCCAGAAACUGAUGUGUGCGCAGAGGACAAGCCAUGCGAUUGUAUGCAACACAAUGAAGAAGGUGUAUCCAGGUAGGGAUGGAAACCCGCCAAAAAUGGCGGUCCGAGGGUUAUCUCUGGCUGUUCCUUCGGGAGAGUGCUUCGGUAUGUUAGGGCCCAAUGGUGCCGGAAAGACCUCAUUCAUCAACAUGAUGACUGGUCUCGUGAAACCAACAUCAGGGUCAGCGUUUGUUCAAGGUCUGGACAUAUGCACAGAUAUGGACAGAGUCUACACCAGCAUGGGUGUAUGUCCACAACACGACUUACUCUGGGAAACACUGUCAGGAAGGGAGCAUCUGCUCUUCUAUGGGAGACUUAAGAAUCUCAAAGACUCUGAACUUGACCAAGCUGUACAAGAAUCUCUUAAGAGUGUAAACCUAUUGCACGGAGGAGUUGCUGACAAACCUGCUGGAAAAUACAGCGGAGGAAUGAAAAGACGGCUAAGUGUAGCCAUUUCACUUAUAGGGAGUCCUAAGGUGGUCUAUAUGGAUGAGCCGAGCACAGGACUUGAUCCUGCUUCAAGAAUGAACCUAUGGACAGUCAUCAAACGUGCGAAAACAAACACUGCGAUAAUCCUCACGACUCAUUCGAUGGAAGAGGCAGAGUUUCUCUGUGACCGUUUGGGAAUAUUUGUUGACGGAAGGUUACAAUGCAUAGGAAACCCAAAAGAGCUAAAGGGAAGGUAUGGUGGAUCUUAUGUGUUAACUAUGACAACAGCAUCAGAACAUGAGAAAAAUGUGGAGGUUUUGGUUCAAGAUGUUUCUCCAAACGCCAAGAAGAUAUAUAACAUUGCUGGGACACAGAAAUUUGAGAUCCCGAAAGAAGAAGUUCGGAUCUCAGAAGUGUUUCAGGCGGUGGAGAAGGCCAAGAGCAGUUUCAAGGUGUUUGCUUGGGGACUUGCGGACACAACCCUUGAAGAUGUCUUCAUUAAGGUUGCUAGAAGUGGUCAGGCCUUUAAUGUCUUCUCUUGAAAUAUUCUUAACAUUAUCGUUAUUGUGUGUUCAACGUGAACUAUUGUUCUCCUCUGCUAGAUUGACCACUACCAGACUUCUUAUAUUCCAUUUAAAAUAGGUUUAGUUUAGUAAAAUAAUUAUAAGACAUGAUACUCCUUACUUUUAUUUUCAAAUAUAUACUUUUAAAAUGAAAUGUAAAAUUAAUUCAAGUCAGAAACGUUUUUACAAUAGGCGCCUCACUGUUUUGUAAUCUAUCAACAUAACCAACUCGAUCGGCCAUAUCAACAUUUUGUUGUUAGCAUUCUCUCACUCCAUUCAACAAAGUUGUAUGUUGAUAUUCUUCUUGACGAAGGUUUAGGGAAAGGCAUAAAACAUCCUUUUAAGUUUUAACCCAAGUGAAUUCAAUUCCACCUCUAAAAUAACCCAUUUUUUAAUGAUCAAAUCCUUCAGCUUUACUCUAAGCUGAUAAGAGAAUUCGAAAAAUUGACUUUCACAAAAGGCAGAAGUUUGUUGGAUAAUACAUUAAAUAAAAACAAACAAACAAACAAAAAACACAUGCUCCCCUGAACGUGGCUUGAACGAGUGACUGAGACAAAAGGACAAAUAGUAUAACAGAUAAGUUGACAGCAUUUCAAUCUAGUGGAGUGCUUCUUCCCAUGCUCCAAACACUUGAAAUAUAAAAAUAAGGAAUGUAACUUUUUUUUAAGGAAUGUAAAUAUUUUCGAAAUAUAACAUUCACCAAAACAAACAAAAGAGAAAGAGCAAAAUGCACGUGAACGAAGGACCAGUCGACACGUAACUCUCGUGCGUAUUGUGGAUCAAAUCCAUAUGCCCAUAUCUGAUCCUUCACCAACCAAAUCUAAAAUCGCUGCCUGUCACACGCGUUAGUCUGCGUCUUCGUUUUCUAGUUGAGAGUAUGCUUCCGCAAUUAGUCUUUCUUUGCCAGUCACAGUAGGCAUGUGUUCUUAAUUAAAGCUUCUACUUGUUUACGAACCCUCAAAUGAUUUUCUCCUACCAUAUCUAUUUAUUAAUAUCAGAACUUUGAUGAAAAUUAACUGCCAUAGUGCUGCUGGUUGUGAGAAAAAAUACGGACCUUGCAAUCCGAGAUGGUGUAAUGAUGAUACUAUAACUACUUACUAUUUAACAUGUACUAUACGUGUCUCUUUUGUUUUAGAUUUUAUAAAAUGUGUACUAUUUGUACUAUGUGUCUCGCCAAAGGAAUAACCAGAUUGAAGAAAUGACCUUUUAUAAAUUAAGAAAUACAUUGCCUCUCUCUGGGGUGCGCUUUUGUACAUAUGACGUAUGAAAUGAUGUAUACAUCGCCUAGAAAACUAAUUGUCCCGUACAAUAUUACUUUCUUAUAAUAAUAUAUGAUUUAAGAAGUAGAGAAUACAAAAAGCUUAUGCUCCUGAAUCAAACAACGUAAUGAAUAAAUUAUCCCCCAAAAAAAGAAAUACUCAAGUAGUGGAGUGUGUGCAUCGCCAGCAAGAUUCUACAGAACGUGUCUUGUAAUUACUCGUUUCUCCGUCAGUGACCGGUGCGGUCCAUGUCAGUAAUCCACGCGCGUGUGUCUGAGAAUAUCUCCACACAAUGGCUGAACCAGUAACUUGCCACCAAAUGAAAGCUAUUGACCUAACAAGGAUUUAUGGGCACCUGCGUCGGCACCACACUAGAGCAAAAGAUAAACUCGCCACGUUUUCGCAUAUUCAUACCUCGUCCCUCGUUACACGAAUAGACUAUUAUUACUUCUCAGCUGGCUCUUUGUUUUCGUUACGGACAGCAAAUAUUUGAAGUAGGGGAGGUAUGUCUCCAAAUAAUUUUUACUUAUGCUUUAAAUACUUUUCUAUUAUAUUAUUAAUUAUUAAUAAAUAGGUGGAGCGAUUGUAGGUUGACAAAACGUAAAUUUAAUAGGACAAUAGAUAUGAUAAUAAUAUUCUCAUCUUUUAUUCUUCUUUUAAGAGAAAACUUUCUUUUUAAUUUGCUACUGAAAUCACAGAUGUUUUACAUAUUUUAGUAUACAUGUACAAACUAUAUCUUCGCUAGCUUUUGAUUGUACUAUUAAUUAUAUUAACAGAAACUAUAGCGUAUGGAUUGGUUAACCCCAUUUAGUGAUCAUAUCAUUAUUCAUUGUUCAAGUAAAAGUUGUUAGAUUCGAUUAAAAUGGUAUAUAUAUAAUAAGAAAAAGAAAAGUGAGAACAUUAUACAAAUUAAAAAGGGAGCACUGUCUCUCACUGAUUCGAUCAGGUCAUUGUCUCUUAGGUUGUGCCGAAUUAAGGACCAUGCGUUGAUGCAAUAAAACAGUUUUUUUCAAUUCAAACCAUAUAUUAUUAUAACAUUCGUUUCUGUGGUUAACAUUUGACCCACGUCCUCUUAGUUAAGUCCAUUUUAAUUUAUCUAAUAUUUAAGUGGGACUUUUUUUCAAAGAUCGCAAUUAGAUUUCGUGGUGGUUGCCUAAACAAUAAAAUAGUAAUGCCUUUGAUGCGUGUGAGCUGAUUGAGACCAAGUAAUAUUUAGCCAUUGGUUAUUUUGCUUAUAAUGUGGUGGGAACUGGAGCUGGGGACUGUGGCUAUUAUUGCUACUGUGGGGGUAACAUUUGUGGUGGGAAUUGGAGCGGGGAACUGUGAUUUAUCAAUCGAAGUGACAGACGCAUAUGGAACUUAAUAUUGCCAUCCUCCAAUUCACCUCUAUAAAUUUCAAGCAACGUCUGUGAUUAUAUGUCUCAGUUGACCACACUACUAUAUCUAGUAAGCAACUAUGCAGAUUCUAUAUCCACCAUAGAUAUAAAGUCUGUUUUUACCAGUAUCAGCAAUUUUGAAAGAAAAGCUUUACUUAACUCUUGCCUUUACCAGAUUUUCGGUGUCAUCCAAGAAAAUUUAUUCUAGUCAAGGUUUAUGCGACCUAAGCCAGCUAUAUGGAUCUGGGGAUUGAGUAAAGAAGUAGGUACUCUUUUCAAUGUUACCUAAACUGGAAUAAUUUUGAUCCAGGAAUUGCAAGCGUGCAUCUGAUGUCUAUGAAAUUAAAAGAAAUGGUCAUCUUGAUUUAUAUUUGUAAAAGAAAAGAGAACAACAUGAUGCGGCUCUUCUUUGUGAGUGAGCUCCUGCUACUAAGCCCCGUAAGUAUGUGUUGUCUUGACGUUAGUACCAUCUCGGUUCUUCGUUAUUGUUGCCGGAUGAACCAGCUUCCUAAUUGAUUGCAAUCGGUUGGCACUCUUACUAUUCUUCGUCCGUGUUAGCCUUGGCUAGAGUAUCUUCUCCGGGUUUAAAAUCCCUAUCACUAUUUUUCAAAGUGGAGGUUUACAAGCUGAAGUUUUGAGUUUUACCGAAUGUCGUUUGUUUCCACGUUUUUACCUUUUUUUGCCGUGGAACCGAUUCUUAAGUUCUACAAUUUGUGAAUACUUUUGUAGUUCCUCUUAUUCAUUUCUUGAAAUGAUACUUAUAUAUUUAG